GUCUGCUUUCCUCCAGCGGGAAGUCAAAGAGACUGGUUAUAUUCAAGACAGUACGGAAAUGCAACUGAAAUUUGCGGAGUCCUUAGAAGAAUGGUGAGCUUAGGCGACGACUCUCGUCGAUCUGGGGGCUAUUUCUUUGACCAGACUGACAAUUCCAUCCAGUCCCAUGACUCUGAUGAUCCACUCUUGUCUGAUCACACAUCUCUGAGUGCCGAUGUCGACCCACCGUUCAGACAAAUUAAAACAACAUGGGUCAUAUUGUUGCAGAUAGUUCUUGUGGUGUUGCUUGGCACAGGGUCCUACAUUGUUCCAGUGUUAUGUCAAGGAGAGAAGUGUGGUGCUAGUGACUUCUCUAUAGUAGCGUAUGCUCAUGGAGGAUUGUGGAUAGUGUUUACUGCCAUUGAUCGCUAUCUUAGAUACCAUCAUUACGUUUCCCGUACAUUAGGCUACCUGGAGUUUUACCGACAGACACGGCAUGUACGCAGACUGCCAGUCACAGUACAUUCUGGAGCCAAUGCAGCUCUUGUGGUAGUUCUCAUUGCACUGGAGAACUUCUGUGAUGUAAAGGCACAAACCUGUGGCAAGCUCAAGCGUGACAAUUACCUACAGAUUCUGAUUACCUUGGAAGUGGCAGUCAUUUUACCCAUCCUCAUUCUGUAUUUAGUUAGGACAGUCAAAUUCAACAGAAAGUCAGCCAGUCCUGAUGUCCAACAGGAUGAAAUGAUGACAAGUUUUCUUUCAUUCAGGUCAUUCACAGAAAUAGGCUUCAGGGACGAGGACUAUGUGGAUCAGGUUUUAGAAAAACAGGCCGACAUGAUACGCUACCUGAAACAGCAUAACGCUCACCUGGCCAAGAAAAUACUCUCCCUGACGGCUGAGGUGAACAGGUUAAAGUCUAUCUAACAGCUGAGGUGAACAGGUUAAGAUCCAUCUGACAUCUGAGGCGAACAGGUUAAGAUCCAUCUGACAUCUGAGGCGAACAGGUUAAAGUCCAUAUGACAGCUGAGGUGAACAAGUUAAGAUCCAUCUGACAGCUGAGGUGAACAGGUUAAGAUCCAUCUUACAGCUGAGGUGAACAGGUUAAAGUCCAUAUGACAGCUGAGGUGAACAAGUUAAGAUCCAUCUGACAGCUGAGGUGAACAGGUUAAGAUCCAUCUUACAGCUGAGGUGAACAGGUUAAGAUCCAUCUUACAGCUGAGGUGAACAGGUUAAAGUCCAUAUGACAGCUGAGGUGAACAAGUUAAGAUCCAUCUUACAGCUGAGGUGAACAGGUUAAGAUCCAUCUUACAGCUGAGGUGAACAGGUUAAGAUCCAUCUUACAGCUGAGGUGAACAGGUUAAGAUCCAUCUGACAGCUGAGGUGAACAGGUUAAAGUCCAUCUGACAGCUGAGAUGAACAGGUUAAAGUCCAUCAGACAGCUGAGGUGAACAGGGUAAAGUCCAUCAGACAGCUGAGGUGAACAGGUUAAGAUCCAUCUGAAGUGGCUGAAGUGUGAAGUCAAACAGUGUUCUGUCAAACAUCUUCUGUCAGACAUGUUCAUCGUUUGCAAUACAGAACGCUGUUGCUGUGUGUACAUAUACUCCCUGAUGGCAGAGCUGCACACAGUAGUACAGCUGAUGUCACAUCUGUUGUAAUGGCUGUGCGUUGUACAGGACACUGAUGCUGUGUGUACAUAUACUCCCUGAUGGCAGAGCUGCACACAGUAGUACAGCUGAUGUCACCUGUGUUGUAAUGGCUGUACGUUGUACAUGACACUGAUGCUGUGAGUACAUAUACUCCCUGAUGGCAGACCUGCACACAGUAGUAGAGCUGGUAUUUUUGCUGUUCUGACAAUUUACAGUAUUGACCAUGUUCUAAUGAACACAUGUGCCUUCAAAGUGUAUGCAACUUGUGAAAACCAAAUACAGAUAAAUAGAUGCUUCCUUUAAGUGACACAAGAGAUUGAUUUAUUAGUUAUAGUCUCAUUUAAUAAGAUUUUUAUGCGAUAUUCAACCCAAUGCUUUUAGGGGUUUUAUAGGAUAGAAUACGUAUCAUGGUAAGCAGGAACUAUAUUUUGGUGUAGUGCUGGGAGAAAUUUUGUCAUGUGCAUGUAUUAAUUCAUGGUGUUGCAGAAUCUUUGUAGUUUACUGUUGGAUGAUUUUAUAAAUGAGCAGUGUGAACUAUGAUCAGUUGGCAACACAGGGUUAUGUGUAUAAUAUGUGUUAGUGAGAUGUGCCAUAGCAGACAUGGUAGAUGUGUAAGAUGAGCCAUGGCAGACACGAUAGAUGUGCAAGAUGUGCCAUGGCAGACACAGCAAAUGUGUGAGAUGUGCCAUGGCAGACACGGCUGGUCACUUAUUUAUUUCAUUGGCGUUUUAUGCUGUACUCAAGAAUAGUUCACUCACCAGCAUUAUGGUGGAAGGGAACUGGGCAGAGCCUGGGGGAAACCAAUCACCAUCUGCAGGUUGCUGUCAGACCUUCCCAUGUACGGCCAGAGAGGAAGCCAGCCUGAGCUCACAGUGACCACAUUGGUGAGAGGCUCCUGGGUCAUUACGCUGUGCUAGCGUGCUAACCAACUGAGCCACGCAGGCCCCUGGCAGUCGCGGUAGACGCGUGAGGUGAGCCAUGGCAGACACGGUAGAUGUGUAAGAUGAGCCAUAGCAGACACGGUAAAUAUGUUGGAUUUGUGGUGGGUGAUAGGGUUCGUGUUGGGUGAUAGGGUUUGUGGUAAGCAAUUGGGUUUGUGGUGGGCUAUUGGGUUCGUGGUGGGUGAUAAGGU